AUGGCCAGUGGAGUGGAUGACAUCUCGCAGACCGAUGUUCCAGGAACCAUCUUCUUUGUUGGGGACAAGACACAGGUCGAGCAACUGCAUGACACAACCGAACACAAUGUCGUACUUGUGCCUCGCCCACUGGACACAGCAAGAGACCCCCUGAACUGGCCCAAGCCAAAGAAGGCAUGGAGUCUGUUCCUGGCAACCCUGUUCGCCACUGUCAUGGCGUUCGGCGAGAACGUCUCCGGUGCAGCCUGGACUGUUAUUUCGGAGGAGAUCGAUGUCACGAUCGCCGACAUGAAUGGGGGCUCGGCCCUAAACUACCUGCUUCUGGGCUUUGUCAAUGUGCUCUGGAUUCCGACGGCCAUGAAGUUCGGUCGCAAGAUUGUGUAUAUCUCGUCGAUGACAAUUGUUAUGGCGGCCUCGGUGUGGAAUUCGUAUAUCUAUGGCACGCCGCAGUGGUACCUGAACAGUCUGGUCGGGGGGAUUGGACAGGGUGCUUACCAGGCUAUUAUUCAACUUACAGUCUUUGAUAUAUUCUUCGCCCACCAGCGAGGUACCAUGCUCGCUGUUUAUGUCUGGGGACAACAGCUGGGCACCAUCCUGGGUUUAAUCCUGGGAGGCUAUAUUGCUGAGGGGCCUGGCUGGAGGUGGGCCUACAGAGUCGUUGCCAUUCUCAGUGGCGCUGUGGUUGUCUUGUUUGUUUUCACCUUCGACGACUCCCUCUUUCCCCGGUAUGCACUCGACAGAUCGAGAACUUCCGUCUCGCAAAACGCAGCCAGUCAGACAUACCACAAUACCCAUACUCAGUCAACCGGCGAUACCAAAAAAGAACCAUCUAUAGAGCCUCUGGAUCGUCAGGCCACAAUAAACGAUGGCGGCUUCGACUUCCUACCACGCAACUACUGGUAUGUCCUCGCUCCAGUUCACUACUUCAGAGAGGACAGGACCACCUGGUGGCAGUACUUCCGUCGACCAUUCCAUCUCUUUGCAUUUCUGAAUAUUCUCAUUGCUGGCUUGAUCUAUGCUUUUGCAAACACAGCGGGAAUCGUCUCCUUCAACACCAUCUCCGAGAUCAUGACCGAAGCGCCGUAUAACUGGGGAACCGGUGCAACUGGCCUUCUCUUCCUCGCUGCCCUAGUCGGGUCUUUCAUUGGAAUGGGAACCGGCGCCCUCGGUGACCUCGUCGUCCUCCGCCUCGCCCGCCGCAAUGCUGGGUACAAAGAACCAGAAAUGCGUCUGUGGAUUCUAGCUCUUGCAUUUGUCUACGGCGCUGUCGGGUACUUCAUGUACGGCUGGGCUGCGUCAUAUGGAAAGUCUUGGGUUCUUAUUGCCGUCGGACUAGGUGGUAUGAUCGCGCAGCAGGUUUCCGCUGCGAGUGUAGCUACUGCCUAUGCGAUGGAGUGUUUUGAGGGGAUAUCGAGCGAACUCGUCGUCGUGCUUGCGAUCUGCUCGUCGUGCAUCAAUUUCGCCAUGUCCUUUUCUGUCCAGCCGUUUAUCGAGGCGACGGAUUAUGGAAGGGCGUUUACGUUUUGUGGGGCGUUGGUGCUGGCGAGUAUGGCGUUGGCUGUGCCUUCGAUGGUUUGGGGGAAGAGGUGGCGGAGGUGGUGUGCGAAGAGGUACUGGAGGUUUGUUUCCGAGGGGGUUGUUAUAUAG